CUUCACGUGACGACAAGGCAACUUCGCUGUUUUGUUUUACACAGUCCUGAGCACUGCACAUAGAAAAGAAAAUCAAGGCUCUUUUCGUAAGGACAAGAUUUCCACCUAAAUUGUUUUACAGAUCUUUGAUGCUUUGCAAAGUUAAGAACAUGGCGAGUAGCGUUAUGGCGGCAAGAGCUCUGAGUGCAGCCGCAUCAUUUCAAGGUCGGAUACAUGCACAUGUGAUCGUGGUUCCAUCGACUAACGCAGAUCAAUACGAGAAAUUUUGUAAGUUAAACAAGUCUUGUAGUCCUUUACUUCAGCGCAGUACACCUGGAGAUACAGCAGUGAAGCCUCUAAUACGUGAUUCGGACAUCAGAACACUGCUACCUCUCUACCAUGUCCUGAAAAAGGGCCAUGAAGUCGACCGUGUUACAAAUUUGACGCAAUUUCCUUGGAACGAUAUGGUAGCGUUUUACAUUGCCUCUAUAAGCUAUCACAUCGAGAGCGAACUCAAGACAGUGGGAAUUCUUGAUGAAAGUGAAGUAAAUAUGAGAACAAUACCUCACUAUAAGACAAAUAUGAAGUGUAAAGACGCCGGACCCUUCUGUUGUCCCCUGGUGGUUUGUAUGUUUCCCAUACCUAGACGACUUUUGGAAAGGACUGUAGCUGUUACAUCCCGUUUGGAGAGUGUAAUUGGAACACCGGUACAUAUCGGGGAUCCUUACGUGAUUGGGAUAAAAGACAUUACCAAACCACACUUUGGCAAUGCAUUUGAAGUGGAUAUUGAUACUGUCGUUCCAUUUUUCUGGCCUUCCAGCUUAACGGCUCAUGCGGCUGUAGAAUCCGCCGGUAAGUAGUUAGUAUGAGCUGGUUAGUAAAUCUACUUAAUUUCAUUUAAUUUCAUCCUCAAGAUAGGAGCUCAAGAUGUGAAAAGUCGCGAGCUCGUCUGUUCAGUGCAUGUUUUAGCUUAGCCUUGAUUGCGUAAAUUAAAACUAAUUGAUAAAUAAAUGAAUAAAACGAUAAAUAGUUACAUCAAUGAAUGACAUGAGUGAUAGCAGUGGUACAUCCACUGGAUGGUCCACGGAGUUUUGUUUUUGUCGCGGACGAAACAUCGGAGAACACGAUUA